AUGGGCAACACUCAAUCUGAUCUUACCGAGAAAAAAUGUUGGAACGUUAUCAAAUGGGUUCCCGGAGUAAACCUCGCGUACGUUAUCCCGCGUACUAUAGUCUACGCCGCGAUUGGCUCAAGAGAAACUGAGCCUGAACGUUGGGAUGUUAUCAAAUGGAUUCCCAUAGUAAACAUUGCUUAUGGCAUACCGAGGUUAAUUACGUACGCCUGUAAGCGUGACCUUAAAGAGUCGUUAAGUUCCGUAUUGGCAGUUGCGGGCGGCCUACUAGGGUUUCCCGCGGGUAGCGUAGCGUGUGGUCUAGUAUCGGGCGCACUAGCGAGUGUGUCAGGACAAUUUAUGAGUGCACUUUAUCAAUUCGCAGCACAAAUGGUGGCUGGUGGUUUCGCCCAGAAUGUAGUAAUUGGCGGUGGCGACAUCGCACUGACAGCCAUUUUUGAGCCUGAUGAGCUAAAAGGUCUCACGUCGGACGAGAUGGAAAAGUUAGUCUAUGACAAAAUCAUCAAGGACGUACCUUUUGUGGGUGGCGCGUACUCGUUUGUUCGAUCGGGAGUUUAUUUUUGCGAUGACAGUGACGAAUGUGCCGAGAGUUUAAAGAAUAGCGUCGCUAAUUGCGUGGGCUCGGGGUUAGGUGCUGCCGGUGCCGCGUACAUCGCCCCGCACGCCCACCAGGCCUGUGUAAAGUGGCUCGAAUCUUACCAAGAUGACCUAGCUCGAAUUGCCGCCUUAGGUAUGAAACCAACGAUACUAUCUGCGGGACGACUCCCGGGGGCGGCCGUCAAAUAUGUCAUUCAAAAAGAUGAAUUCAUUACCAAAACAGUUGCCAGGGUAAUAAAUCAUAGC